AUGGGUGACUACUCGAAAGCACUUGAAUUUUACGAAAAAGCACUUAAAAUAAGAGAAAAAGCCCUGCUUCCGAAUCAUCCCGAUUUGGCUACUUCCUACAACAACAUCGGUAGAGUGUACAACAACAUGGGUGACUACUCGAAAGCACUUGAAUUUUACGAAAAAGCACAUCAAAUUAAAGAAAAAGCUCUGCCCCCUAAUCAUCCCUCAUUGGCUACUUCCUACAACAACAUCGGUCUCGUGUAUGACAACAUGAGUGACUACUCGAAAGCACUUGAAUUUUACGAAAAAGCGCAUAAAAUCUAUGAAAAAGCUCUGCCUCUGAAUCAUCCCUCAUUGGCUACUUCCUACAACAACAUUGGUGGAGUGUAUAAGAACAUGGGUGACUACUCGAAAGCACUUGAAUUUUACGAAGAAGCACAUCAAAUCUUCGAAAAAGCUCUGCCUCCGAAUCAUCCCUCAUUGGCUACUUCCUACAACAACAUCGGUGAAGUGUAUAACAACAUGGGUGACUACUCGAAAGCACUUGAAUUUUACGAAAAAGAUCUCGAAAUCACGAAAAAAGCUCUGCCUCCGAAUCACCCAUCAUUGGCUAUUUCCUACAAUAACAUCGGUAUGGCGUAUUUCGGCAAAGGAGACUACUCGAAAGCACUUGAAUUCUACGAAAAAGCACAUCAAAUCUACGAAAUAGCUCUGCCUCCGAAUCAUCCCUUUUUGGCUACUUCCUACAACAACAUCGGUGGAGUGUAUGAUGACAUGGGUGACUACUCGAAAGCACUUGAAUUUUACGAAAAAUCACAUCAAAUCUUCGAAAAAGCUCUCCCUCCGAAUCAUCCCUCAUUGGCUACUUCCUACAACAACAUCGGUCUCGUGUAUAACAACAUGGGUGACUACUCGAAAGCACUUAAAUUUUACGAAAAAGAUCUCGAAAUCACGAAAAAAGCUCUGCCUCCGAAUCAUCCCUCAUUGGCUACUUCCUACAGCAACAUCGGUGGAGUGUAUAAGAAUAUGGGUGACUACUCGAAAGCACUUGAAUUUUACGAAGAAGCACAUCAAAUCUUCGAAAAAGCUCUGCCUCUGAAUCAUCCCUCAUUGGCUACUUCCUACAACAACAUCGGUGGAGUGUAUAACAACAUGGGUGACUACUCGAAAGCACUUGAAUUUUACGAAAAAGAUCUCGAAAUCACGAAAAAAGUUCUGCCUUCGAAUCAUCCCGAUUUCGCUUAUUCCUACCACAAUAUCGGUUUGGCGUAUUACGGCAAAGGUGACUACUCGAAAGCACUCUCAUUCUUAGAAAAGGCACUUGUUAUCCGUCAAAAAUCACUUCCGCCAACACAUCCUCUAAUUAAAGAAACGAAAGAUAACAUUGGCUAUGUAAAAAAGAAAAUGUAA